AAAUCCUUUUAGACCUUCGUCCAUAAAUUAUCCCGGCGCCUAUUGACGGAUCUUGAACUAGUAAUCAAAAUCAUUGAUCUCAAGCUCAAAAAUGGACAAAGAAGCUACCCCCAAACCAACUGCUCAUGAUUACCGUGGAGCCUGUGUUGAGGACUUGCAGCUUCCACCCGCCUUUUGUCUUCCGGAGGAUGCUCCAUUGCUCAAAGCCUUAGAAGCAGCGUACGACAGAGAGUUCGAUCACCUGCCUAUCCUCAAUGCCAAGCGACGGCCUAUAGGGUACCUUGAUAUCCCCUCUAUUAAAGACCAGUUCAAGAACAACAAAAUCGAUGCGGAUGAGCCUGUGUCGAGCCGAAUGAUCCACUUUUCUUUAUCCAGCCGAUCUCACCCUUAUACUGUGAUAUCACCGUUGACACCUCUGGAAGAGUUGGAAGAAUUUUUUAAAUCUAGAAAAAUUGAUUUCGCAUUGGUGACAGAUACAGAGCGAAACUGGGUAUUGGCUGUAGCAACUAAGGAUGAUUUAGUGACAUUCGCCCAACGAAGAGGUUAAUGAAUGUUAAUGAAGGACAGAAAAAGGAAAUACUAAUAUAGCUAGUUGAAGCAUGGAGUAUGGAGUGUGUGUAUUUGCUGUAACAUGUUAGAAGAUUAUGUGUAUGCGAAGUUUGUUCUAUAGAGAAUCUGUUUGGGUGUGGCCAAAACCACCAUUGUUGAUGGUUGCAGCUCACAUACUCACUUCAUCGACAACGAGUAUUCCACAACAGGAUGGCAAAGAUGAUGACAGGACAUGAAGUAAAUUCAGACGGAUGUAGCUGGAAUUCUCAGGCAGCACGCUGUAAUACAAACCCCUUGUGUAUAUUGUCUGCUACCACCCUAGCAGGCAAUUGUGUUGGCUACAGAGAUGACACUCUGUGGAUGCGCUCCUCUCCAAAGCGUAGAUGGUCAUAGUUACUUGGAACUACUAUUACUGCCAACUAUCUACAGUCCUUAUCCGAGCUGCUAUGGCCUAAGGGAGUUAGUAGGAUGCUUAAUUAUAGAGUCGGUCUAAAUGGGUCCUGUAAUAGAUGCGUGUCAUAGUUGUAUUGAUCUAGUAUUUAU